GACACUUUGUCGUGUUGUGGAAAGAAGGAUUUCUGUUAUUUUGAUAUUUCGAUGUUAUUUAAAGAUGGAGAAAAUGAGUUACACGUUCAGUCAGCAAUAUGAGGAAAAAAUACGUCCUUGCAUCGACACUAUCGACAAUUUACGGUCUCUGGGAGUCGAAAAGGACCUGGCACUGCCUGCCAUCGCCGUCAUUGGAGACCAAAGCUCAGGAAAGAGUUCAGUUCUCGAGGCGCUGUCUGGAGUAGCGUUACCCAGGGGUAGUGGAAUUGUUACAAGAUGCCCUCUUGAGCUCAAGAUGAUAAGAACUAAAGAUGAAGACAAAUGGCAUGGAAGAAUCAGCUACAAUAAAAAAGAGAAAGAUAUUCAUGACCCAGCAGAAGUGGACAAAAUGAUUUGUGAAGCCCAGGAUGAGAUAGCUGGAAAAGGUGUUGGUAUUAGUGACGAACUUAUCAGUCUGCAGAUCACCUCUGCCAAUGUUCCUGACCUCACUCUCAUUGACCUCUCUGGUAUCGCACGAGUGGCAGUCAAGGGGCAACCUGAGAAUAUUGGAGAUCAGAUAAAGAGACUGAUCAGGAUGUUUGUUUCAAAGCAAGAAACAAUUAACCUGGUUGUGGUGCCAUGCAAUGUUGACAUCGCAACCACAGAAGCAUUACACAUGGCUCAGAAGGACGAUCCUGAGGGUGAAAGAACAUUAGGCAUCUUAACAAAGCCGGAUCUGGCGGAUAAGGGCACUGAAGAGACAGUUGUAGACAUUGUGCACAAUGAGGUCAUUCACCUUACUAAAGGCUACAUGAUUGUAAGGUGCAGAGGACAAAAAGAGAUUAUAGAUCAAGUCACUCUCCAUGAGGCCACAGCAGCCGAAGAUGCCUUCUUCAAAGAUCAUCCUCAUUUUAGCAAACUUUAUGACGAAGGUUUUGCCACUAUUCCCAAAUUGGCUGAGAAACUAACAAUUGAGUUGGUUCAUCACAUUCAGAAAUCCCUGCCUCGUUUAGAAGAACAAAUCGAGACAAAACUUGCUGAAACACAGAAGGAACUGGAGGCAUAUGGCAAUGGACCCCCAUCAGACCCUGCAGAAAGACUGAGCUUUCUCAUUGAUAAAGUUACAGCUUUCACUCAUGAUAUGUUCAACCUGACCACUGGGGAGGAAGUUAAAUGUGCUUCAGAUCUACUAGUUUUUCCAGAACUUCGGGAUGAAUUUGCAGAAUGGAAUGAUGUCUUGUAUCGUUCAGGAGUUUCCUUCAACAGGAGGAUUGAGAAAGAAGUGGAUAACUAUGAAACCAAGUAUCGAGGAAGAGAGCUUCCAGGAUUCAUCAAUUACAAGACCUUUGAGGGGCUUGUUCAGGAACAGAUCAAGCUGUUGGAGAAACCUGCAUUGAAGACACUGAAGACUGUCUCUGAUGUGGUUAGAAGGAAGUCCAUCCAGCUGGCCCAGUGCAGUUUCAUUGGGUUCCCUAAUCUUCUGAAAAUAGCAAAGACUAAGAUCGAAGCCAUCAAGCAGGAUAAAGAAUGCCUGGCAGAAUCCAUGCUGAGGACCCAAUUCAAGAUGGAGCUCAUUGUUUACAGUCAAGAUGGCACAUACAGCCAGAGCCUGAAACAUGCAAAGGACAAGCUGGAAAAGGCAGAAAAUGAAAAGCUUGCAUUUAAACCUAAAAGGAGUAGUAUUGUGAGUGUAGACGUUGGCACAGGUAAUCAUGCCACUUUGCGUGAGAUGAGGUUGCACCUCGAGUCCUAUUACAUGAUUGCAAGCAAGCGUCUAGCUGACCAGAUCCCAAUGGUGAUCCGCUAUCUGCUGCUCCAGGAAGCAGCUUUGGAGCUGCAAAGAAACAUGUUGCAGUUACUGCAAGAUAAAGAUGGCAUAGACAACCUGCUUAAAGAAGACUCUGAUAUUGGCCAAAAGCGGGAGAACUUACUGAAACGCCAGAAACGUCUGAUGAAGGCACGCAGCCUUUUGGUUACCUUUUAGAAUUCACUUCAAAUACUCGAUUGCAACAAUUUUAUUGCAAAAUAAAUUGUAUGCUGAGAGCA